UAAAUACGCAUUCGCUCCAGUUUUGGCUCUAGUUUUUUUCAAUUAAAUAAUCAGGGGAAUUGUAUUUUUGAUUUUUGUAUUUUUCCCCUGCAUCAACAUGUCAGAGAGCGACAGCAGCGCAACCGGCGGCAGCGUCAGCGUGCUGAGCUGGGAGCAAGUGCAGCGUCUGGACGCCAUACUGACGGAGACCAUCCCGAUCCACGGAAGGGGCAACUUCCCCACGCUGGAGAUGCAGCCCCGACAGAUCGUCAAAGUGGUGCGCAGCAGGAUGGAGGAGAAACAAAUCCACGUCCGGGACGUGCGCUUAAACGGCUCCGCAGCCAGCCACAUCCUGCACGGAGACAGCGGGUUGGGGUUCAAGGACCUCGAUCUCAUAUUUUGCGCAGAUAUGAAAGGGGAACGGGAUUUCCAGAUUGUGAAGGACAUUGUUCUGGACUGUCUCCUGGACUUUUUACCCGACUGCGUGAAUAAAGAGAGGAUUACCCCUUUAACGUUAAAGGAAGCCUACGUGCAGAAGAUGGUGAAGGUGUGUAACGACUCGGACCGCUGGAGCCUCAUCUCGCUCUCCAACAAUCGGGGCAAGAACGUGGAGCUGAAGUUCGUGGACUCGCUUCGGCGUCAGUUCGAGUUCAGCGUGGACUCUUUCCAGAUCAAGUUGGACUCCCUGCUGCUCUUCUAUGAGUGCUCCCAGAACGCCAUGACCGCCACCUUCCACCCUACCAUUAUGGGCGAGAGCGUGUACGGCGACUUCGGCGAGGCCCUGGACCAUCUACGUCACAAGAUCAUCUGCACCCGCAACCCGGAGGAGAUCCGAGGCGGCGGCCUGCUGAAGUACUGUCACCUGCUGGUGAGGGGCUUCCAGGCCGCGUCCGAGUCUGAGAUGAAGUCCCUGCAGCGUUACAUGUGCUCCCGCUUCUUCAUUGACUUCUCUGACAUCGGCGAGCAGCAGCGCAAGCUGGAGUCCUAUCUUCAAAACCACUUUGUGGGCCUGGAGGACCGCAAGUACGACUACCUGAUGACGCUCCACGGGGUGGUCAAUGAGAGCACGGUGUGCCUCAUGGGACACGAGAGGCGACAGACCUUAGGGCUCAUAGCCAUGCUGGCAGUGCGGGUUUUGGCCGAGCAGAAUGUCAUUCCCAACGUGACCAACGUCACCUGUUACUACCAGCCUGCUCCUUAUGUGGCAGACGGUAACUUCAGUAACUACUACAUAGCACAGGUACAGCCGGUGUUCGCCUGCCAGCAGCCUGCCUACUCCACCUGGCUGCCCUGUAACUGAGCCAGCCCGGAGUGUAGAAGAAGGAGGAGGAGGUUGAUUUGUUUGAACGGGAGCACAGUUGCCACCACAAACUAACAGC